CCGGCGCCCAAAGCGCAGAGCAGGGACGCUGGAGGAGCGGCCCCACGUGCUGUGCUGUGCCCCGGCUCGCGGACGGACCUACGUGUGACGCGAAAGCGGCGGCGGGAGCACCUGCCCCGGCUGCGAAGUGGAGUCCCGUGGCCCUUUCCCCCCCACUGCCCUCCCUGUCACCCUCAGGAUAGAUGAGGUACUGGGCGUUCCGAAAACUGAUGUGUGAAGUCUGAAGGUGGGUUCCCAUCCCCAGACCUGGGCUGGGGGAUCCGGAUGGCUCCAUAGGUCUAGGAGUCAUUUGGCCAAAUUCCAGAAUUAAGACAGGAAAGCCCACGCCUGCCCCCCUGCAAACAAGGCUGUCCAGCUGCUACUGUGGCAGGAUCUCCUUGUCUUGUCCCCUACCCCGCCAUGAGAUUCCAGCUCGGCCCUUUAACAGCAGAGUUGCACCCCCCGGAGCUGCAGUGACUACAGGAACUCCCCACGCUGAUCAGCCCUGGCCUUGGGCUGGCUCUGGGUCUGAUGGCUGGACUGAGGGCUCUGGCCUCCAGCCUCCCUCCGGUACCCCGUGGGAGGAGGGUCCCAGCCCCCACUGCUGCCUAUUCUUGCCUGCCUCUGCAGCCGCCCUGGGCCCCGCCUGAGCAGGCUUGCCUGACAAGCUGGGACAUGCCUGUCCCUGGAGGACCAUCGGUGGGCGAUGGCUGCGGUGGUGGAGGGGUUGGAGCUGGAGAAAGCGGGAGCUGCAGAAGACACGGCAGGACUUGCAGUGCAGACUGUGGAUGCCAAGCCUGGGCCGCCUCCUGUCUUGGCUGGGAACUGGCUGAACUUGGACCUAUACCCUGGGGGCUGCCACCGGCUGUUGCACCUGUGUGCCCAGCAGCCCUCACCGCUGCUGCAGGUGGAGUUCUUGCAGCUGAGCACCCACGAGAACCCUCGGCUGCUAGAGACCACCCUGGCCCAGGUGCCCUGGAGCCAGCUGCACCUCCGCUCUCUGGUCCUCAAAGGAGGGCAAAGCCGGGGUGCCCUGGGUGCCUGCCUCCGGGGCACCCUGACCACGUUGCCUACUGCCCUGAGUGGCCUGGCCCACCUGGUCCACCUAGACCUGAGCUUCAAUAGUCUGGAGACACUGCCAGCCUGUGUCCCACAGCUUCGUGGCCUGGGCACCCUUCUGUUGUCUUACAACCACCUGUCGGAGCUGCCAGAGGCCUUGGGGGCCCUGCCCACCCUCACCUUCCUUGCUGUGACACACAACCUCCUGCAGAGGCUGCCCACAGCACUGGGGGCCCUGGCUACCCUGCAGCGCCUUGACCUCUCCGAGAACCUCCUAGACACUCUGCCCCCUGAGAUUGGAGGUCUGAGCAACCUGAGUGAGCUCAAUCUGGCCUCCAACCGGCUUCGGAGCCUCCCAGCUUCCCUUGUGGGAUUGCAAUCCCUGCAGCUCCUUGUUCUGCACAGCAACCUCCUGACCUCAGUGCCUGCUGGCUUGGCCCACCUCCCCUUGCUCACACGGCUGGAUCUGAGAGACAACCAGCUCCGGAACCUGCCCCCUGAGCUACUGGACGCCCCUUGUGUAUGCCUACAGGGGAACCCCCUGGGUGAAGCCUCACCAGACUUCUCAACCCGCUCAGGGACACCCCAGGAUCUGGAGAUGCCCACUCUGUUCCUGACUUCAGAUGUGAAUAGCUUCCCUGUAACCCCACAAGGCUGCUCUGUGACUCUAGCCUGCGGUGUCCGCCUGCAGUUCCCAGCUGGGGCCACUGCGGUCCCUGUCACCAUCCACUAUCGACUGUGGCUGCCGGAGCCAAGCCUCGUCUCCCUGGGUCCUCAUGAUUCUCUGCUCAGUGGUGUCCUGGAGCUGUGGCCACAUGGCGUGGCCUUCCAGCAGGAUGUGAGCCUGUGGCUGCUUUUUGUCCCACCACGGGCCCGUCGUUGCCAUGAGGUGGUGGUCAGGACUCGGAGUGAGGACAGCUGGAGGGACCUGGAGACUCACCUGGAGGAAGAGGCCCCAAAGCGGCUCUGGGCUCACUGCCAGGUACCUCACUUCUCCUGGUUCCUUGUGGUUUUACGCCCUGUGUCCAAUACCUGCAUUGUACCACCAGAGGGGACGCUGUUGUGCUCCUCGGGUCAUCCGGAAGUCAAGGUCAUCUUCCCUCCAGGGGCCACUGAGGAGCCUCGUCAUGUCUCCAUGCAGGUGGUACGCAUGGCUGGCCGGGAGCUACGAGCCCUCCUGGGGGAGCCUGAGGCUUCUGUGAGCCCCUUGCUGUGCCUCACACAGCACAGCCCUGCUGGCUUCCUCUGCCCAGUCACCGUGCAGCUGCCCCUACCCCCUGGUGUCACAGGCUUCAGUCUAGACCGCUCCCGCCUGCACCUGCUGUACCGGGCCCCUCCUGCAGCCACCUGGGAUGACAUCACAGCCCAGGUGGCCCUGGAGCUCACUCACCUAUAUGCACGCUUCCAGGUCACACAUUUCUCCUGGUACUGGUUGUGGUACACCACCAAGACCUGUGUGGAGGGCCUGGCGCGCAAGGCUUGGGAGCGGCUGCGGCUUCACCAGGUCAACCUCAUUGCUCUGCAGCGCCGCCGGGACCCUGAGCAGGUGCUGCUGCAGUGCCUGCCCCGGAACAAGGUUGAUGCCACCCUGAGGCGACUGCUGGAGCGCUACCGUGGCCCUGAGCCCUCUGACACUGUGGAGAUGUUCGAGGGAGAGAAGUUCUUUGCUGCCUUUGAGCGGGGCAUUGAAGUGGAUGCUGAUCGCCCAGACUGUGUGGAAGGCCGGAUCUGCUUUGUCUUCUACUCACACUUGAAAAAUAUGAAGGAAGUCUACAUUACCACCGCCCUGGACCGGGAGACUCAGGCUGUUCGAGGCCAGGUGUCCUUCUACCGUGGCUCAGUGCCCAGAGAGGUGCCUCAGGAGGCCGAGGCUGCACGGCAGAAGAAGGGUGCAGAUGCCCUGUGGAUGGCCACCCUGCCCAUCAAGCUGCCGAGGUUCCGGACGUCUGCAGGGCACAGGCAGGGGCCUGGCCUCUCCCUGGUGCCCCUGAACCUGGGUGAUGCUGAGACCGGCUUUCUGACUCAGAGCAACCUGCUGAGUGUGGCAGGGCGGCUGGGUCCUGACUGGCCAGCUGUGGCCCUGCACCUGGGCUUGCCAUAUCACGAGCUGGAGCGCAUCCGGCACAAGUUCCGGGAUGACCUGGACGGGCAGAUUCGCCACAUGCUCUUCUCCUGGGCGGAGCACCAGGCUGGACAGCUGGGGGCAGUAGGGCGCCUGGUGCAGGCCCUGGAGAAGAGUGACCGGCGGGAUGUAGCUGAUGAGGUGCGGGCAGUCUUGGAGCUUGGCCGCCACAAGUACCAGGACAGCAUUCGUCGCACAGGCUUGGCACUCAAGGACCCCACCCUGCCAGGCACUUCCUCUUAGCAGCCCCUAGAGCCUGAGCCAGCCUAGUCCACAGGCUCGGAGCUGGCCUUCACUGUACCCAGCCCUGAUUGUGCCCUGAUAGCACCCCUUGUGCAACAAGCUGCAAUGUGCCCUUUGCCAUCUCAGAGCUUGAUUGAUUUGUCAGUGGAGAAGCAAUUGGAGGGAGGGCUGGCCUGGUGAUGCAGGCCCAGCCCUGUGCUCCAGCCCUUUCCUCCACCAGCCUCCUGGUCUUGUCUUCCCAGGGGUGGGAGGGUCAGCUGAACUCUACAAAGUGAAGGCUGGAGGAGGGUUUGGUUUUCGUGCCUGUAAUCUCAGCCCUUGUGAGACAGGCAGAAGGAUCACCUUGAAUCUGAGGCCCAUAUGGGCUAUAGA